AUGGAUGAGAACAAUGUUCAGACCUUCUACAAUGUACUCCGGGCCGGGGAGCCGGUGCAGGUGCAGGACUUUGCCCUCUACGGGUCCAACGCGAGCGGCUCUCACGUUUCAGAUGCCGCGAGCAUGCUGUCGAUGAUCGAUGACUACUCCUUCGAUCAGAGAGAGAUCCCCCAGGUCCUCAUCAACCCUCAGAUGCUUCCCGCCUACGACGCCCGGCCCGUCCGCUACGAGUAUCCGGCCGAGACCCUCCAUCCUCAAGUGACGUACGGGGCUCUUCCUGCAGGAAUGACGUUUGCACCUUCCUAUGCCGUCGAGCGUCAACCCUACUUCUCGCAGCCGAUGAUGGCGCAGCCCGUCGUCACCUCCCAGUACCUCCCUGCCCACCACAUGCUGCAUUCCCAGCCCAUGAUUCCCCAGCAGCAGGUCCUUCACUCCCGGGCAUUGCAAGGACAGCAGCUGCUUCAUCCUCAAACCCUUCACUCCCACCAUCUCGUUCAGCCCCACCAGAUGCUCCAACCCAAGAACGUGCACCAGCCUCAACCCAUGAUCUCAGCGCAGUAUGUGCCUCAGCCCCAGCACAUGGUCCAGCCCAGGCAGCUCGACCGCGACCCCCGUCAUCCCGUCCCUCGAGAGCAGUUCAAGUCGGAUCCCAGGCCUUAUCCCCGUGAAGUUGAACAGCCUCUUGCAAGCACCACCCAGCAGCCUCCUCAACCUCCUGUCCUCGCCACGAUCGGCAUUUCCCUCUGGCAGCGCGGCAAGUACUUCGUGGUAUCUGGAGUGACCCAGGGGUCCAGCGCUUACAACCUUGGCCUUCGGGUUGGGGAUGUGAUCAGGAAGGUGAAUCGGGUGCCAGUCAAGGGAUGGACCCUAGAACAAGUCCAAGCUGUGCUCACGGGCAAGGGAGGGAGCAGCGUGCUUAUCAGGACCACUGACCUCAAGGUCAAGGUCAGGCGUGACUGCGCUUACGUGCCCGAGCAUCGCAAGCAGGUUUCAGGGCAGUACAACGGUCACAUGCAUGCGAGGAACGCUCCGCAUCAGCCCCAUCCUCACCGACACGCGGCUCACCACAUGCAGCACGUGCCCGACCAUGGUAGCCAGGUGAACCAGAGGAUGCAGCCUCCAGGGUACCAGCCCACCCCGUGGACAGAGGCAGACGAGCAGCGACGCAAUCAGGCAUACGACGAUUGGAUCCAUCGGCCUCGCAUGGUCGGCAAUGGUUACCCCGUGGACAGCAUGAACCCGCAGGGUGGUGGAGAAGAUGUUGUUAGGUUGUAACUCGUCAUGACAACAAAGGGAAAGGAGACGAA